AUGGUGUCCUUUUGGCCUUGGAGGGGCGAAGACUCCUCCCCCGCCUCCUUCGAAAAGACCCUUUCCGCCCUCUCGGCGAAGAUCACCGACACCCAGGGCCGACUUGACGGCGCGCGCAACACCUCUCGCCGCAUCAGAGUCCUCUGGUCUCUGUACCUUGCUUUCGCAUAUCUCGUCUACUCGAUCGUCAUCUUCCUCGUGGUGGGAUGGAACGGCAUGGGCAUGUGGGAGUGGGUUGGUGUUUGUGGAGGUCCGGUCGUAAUCUACCUCACCCGAACCACCGUCACGGCCUUCUUCAACUACCGAAUCGACACCCUGUCCAACCGCCUCAAGGAACAGCAAGCCGACCGAGCCAAGACGAUCCAGAAGCUCAAGGACGCCACGAAGUACGACACCACCCUCGAACUCCUCGAGAAAUAUGGCGGCGGCGAGAACAAGAAGCAAAAGCAGAAGCAGGGCGCAGACACCGAGGAGAAGAAGCAGCGCCAGCAAGCUCCUAGGCAGCAUGAAGGAGGUCGUACCAACAUGCCUCCUCCGCCGACUGCCAACAUCCAGCGUCCCAGCGCUGGCUCGCCUCCUCCGGGUAUGCCUCAGGGUUUCCAGCAGCAGCGCCUCUCCCCAUCUCCGCAACCCAAUGGACUCGAGCCUAGCGAAGAAUUCGCCCCCAAUGCCUACAGCGGCGGCCACGUCCCGCCCCCGCCGCCUCAGUCGCAACAGUUCGUCCAGGUUGAUGGCGUCAAUUCGUCCCACUGGUACGAUCGCAUCAUGGAUCUUCUCCUCGGAGAGGACGAGACGGCGUCCAAGAACAGGAUCGUACUCAUCUGCGCGCAUUGCCGCUUGGUCAACGGCCAGGCGCCCCCCGGCACGAAAUCGCUCUCCGAGCUUGGAACCUGGAGAUGCAUGGGCUGCGGUGCGAAGAACGGCGAAAUGGACGAGGGCAAGCGGAUUAUGAGGGAGGUCCUCGGCUCGCGGGCCCCGUCAAGUGACGUGUCGGUCGGCGAGGAGUUCAAAUCAUCUGAUGACGAAGUGUCGAGCGUGGAGAUUAAGGAGGAAGACGCUGAUGACGAUGUUCAUGGAGCUGGCGCAAAGACCACGGGUAGACAGGGAGCAUCGGGGUCCAAGAAGCGCAAGGGCAAGGGUGGAAAGUAA